CCUUGAUGGAUCGACCUUGGGCUCUUUUGUUUUGAAACAUGAAUUUUUGAUAAAAUAUCACCUGAUAAACAAUAAUUUCAAAAUGUUGAUUGAAGAAGAGUGAAAAUACGAACAGAUGAUGGAGACUACACUUUCAUAAAAAUCAACACCUGUGGAUAUGUUGUAUGAUGAGCAGUGGAAGUAGCCAGAUAUGGCGUCGCAGAAGUGGAAUAUCAUGGAUUCGAGCUGGCCUGAUUAUUUUUAUACUCGUUUUUAUAUGGCUUCAACUGAAUUUCCUGAGCUUCAGUGGGUCUUCUCCACAAUACUCAGACAUCAACGAUAGUAAUGCAGCUAUUUUAAGUAUGGUUCCAGCUGUACUGCACAAAUUUUUAUCAUCAAAACCAAAAAAUGCCACUCAUACAAGGACUAAUGGAAGUUACAAUAAUCUUUUAUACACCAGUACACCUAAUAUAUCAGAUAUUAAACGAAGCAUUGCACAAUACAAUUUACAGCAGGUGGUUCACAACGAAAAUAAUUUCGAACCACUUCAAAAUGAUUCUAUAGUUAUUGUUGUACAGAUUCAUGAUCGAAUCCCUUAUCUUCGACAUCUGAUAGUGAGUCUAGCACAAGCACCUGGUAUAUCUCAAACACUCCUUGUCUUUUCACAUGAUUAUUAUGAUGAAGAAAUGAACAGUCUAGUCCAAAGCAUUGAUUUUUGCAAAGUGAUACAAAUAUUUUAUCCAUAUUCUAUACAAACACAUCCAAAUGAAUUUCCGGGGGAAGAUCCUGGAGAUUGUCCUCGAGAUAUGAAAAAGGAACAGGCUUUAAUAAAAAAAUGUAAUAACGCACUGUAUCCUGACGUAUAUGGGCAUUAUCGUGAAGCAAAGUUCACUCAAACGAAACACCAUUGGUGGUGGAAGGCCAAUCGUGUUUUCAACCAACUUGAAGUAACCAGGAAUCAUACAGGGCUGAUCGUAUUAUUAGAAGAAGAUCACUAUGUCGGCGAAGAUUUCAUCCAUAUGUUGAGACUUAUGGAAAGAACGUACAAGGAAUCUUGUAGACAUUGUAAUGUUCUGUCUCUUGGAACAUAUUUGAAGACAUACAACUACUAUGCAGAUUCCAAAAAGGUAGAAAUUUCACCUUGGGUAAGCAGCAAACAUAAUAUGGGAAUGGCUUUUAAUCGAUCGACUUGGACACAAAUUGUAGACUGUGCUGCUUAUUUCUGUAAAUAUGAUGAUUACAAUUGGGACUGGUCUUUACAGCAUGUUUCUCAAAACUGUUUGAGGCAAAAGCUUCAUGCCAUGGUUGCUAGGGCGCCGAGAGUGUUUCACAUUGGUGAAUGUGGGGUUCAUCAUAAAAAAAAUAAUUGUAAAUCGACAUCAGUGAUAUCCAAAGUACAGCAGGUGCUGAAAUCUGCAAAAAGACAUUUGUACCCGGAUUAUUUGAUAUUGACCUACUCCACUGUACUGAAGAAGACCAAACUGCGUAAAGGGAAUGGAGGUUGGGGAGAUAGACGAGAUCAUAAGCUAUGCAUCGGUAUGACAUUAGGAUAAUCAUAAUGUUUAUUUGUUAUAUAGCUAUAACUAAUGAAUCAUAUGGACUGUUAUAUUAUUUUCUUAUAUAUUUAUUAAUCCCGGAUUUUGUAUGUAUGUUCGUUAUGUUUUGUUGAAGUUUUUGUUUUUUUAGGAAAUGUGAACUGAAAUAUCUGUACUCCAGUAGAUCGUAAUAUAUAAAGAAUAUAUAUAAGUACUUGAAACAAACC